AUGGAGACCCGUAACCUCGACCACCGCCGCACAAACUUCAAGGGCCGCACCCAGUUCUCCACCCAGGAGCUCCGCCGCAGGCGUGAGGAGGCCCAGGUCGAGAUCCGUAGGCAAAAGCGUGAGGAGUCGAUUGCCAAGCGUCGCAACUUCCAGCCCGUGUCGGACGAUGUCGACUCGGACGACGACGUCGAGGAGCUCGGUGACGCCGCUCUCGGCGACACCCUGCCAGCCAUGCUCCAGGCUGUCUGGUCCACCGACGGCGAGGUUCAGCUUGACGCUACCACCAAGUUCCGCAAGCUCCUCUCCAAGGAGAAGAACCCUCCCAUUGACCGCGUGAUCGAGUGCGGUGUUGUCCCCCGCUUCGUCGAGUUCCUCAACUCGUCCAACACUCAGCUUCAGUUCGAGGCCGCUUGGGCUCUUACCAACAUUGCCUCGGGUACCUCUGAGCACACCCAGGUCGUCAUCGCCGCCGGUGCCGUCCCCCUCUUCAUUCUCCUCCUCUCGUCGCCCGUCCUUGACGUCCGCGAGCAGGCCGUCUGGGCUCUCGGUAACAUUGCCGGUGACUCGCCCAAGUGCCGUGACCACGUUCUUUCGCAGGGUGCUCUCCAGCCCCUUCUCCAGCUCCUCAACGAGAACCACAAGCUCUCGAUGCUCCGCAACGCUACCUGGACUCUGUCCAACUUCUGCCGUGGCAAGUCGCCCCAGCCCAACUGGGACCUCAUCUCGCCCGCUCUCCCCGUCCUCUCGAAGCUCAUCUACUCGCUCGACGACGAGGUGCUUAUCGACGCGUGCUGGGCCAUCUCGUACCUCUCGGACGGCACCAACGACAAGAUCCAGGCUGUUAUCGAGUCGGGUGUCUGCCGUCGCCUUGUCGACCUCCUCAUGCACCCCUCGACUGCUGUCCAGACCCCCGCUCUCCGCUCGGUCGGCAACAUUGUCACCGGCGACGACCUCCAGACCCAGGUCAUCAUCUCGUCGGGUGCCCUCCCUGCUCUCCUGAGCCUCCUCUCGUCGCCCAAGGACGGCAUCCGCAAGGAGGCCUGCUGGACCAUCUCCAACAUUACUGCUGGCUCGCCCCACCAGAUCCAGGCUAUCAUCGAUGCCAACAUCAUCCCUCCCCUCAUCAACAUUCUCCAGAACGCCGACUUCAAGACCAAGAAGGAGGCCUGCUGGGCCAUCUCCAACGCCACCUCGGGCGGUCUCUCGGAGCCCAACCAGAUCCGCUACCUCGUCUCGCAGGGCUGCAUCAAGCCCAUGUGUGACCUCCUCCAGUCGAUGGACAACAAGAUCAUCCAGGUCGCCCUUGACGGUCUUGACAACAUCCUCAAGGUCGGUGAGAUGGACAAGCAGGCUGCCGGCCCCGGUGCCGUCAACCAGUACGCCCAGUACAUCGAGGAGGCCGGCGGCAUGGUCACCAUCCACAACCUCCAGCACCACGACAACCUCGAGAUUUACAAGAAGUGCUUCUACAUCAUGGACAAGUUCUUCCCCGACGAGGAGGAGGAGGAGACCGAGGGUGCCGCCCCCGCCGUCGACGCGUCCGGCCAGUACGCCUUCCAGUCCGACGUCGCUGCUCCCCAGGGCGGCUUCAACUUUGGCCAGUAA